AUGUCGGAGUUCACUCGUCCUAUGGAAGGCGCUACGGAGAUUCCUCCCGCUGGCUUUAACUUUGAAAAUGUCAGCCGAAAUGCCCGUUUGAUGGAAGCAUGGACCAACGCCAAGGAACAGGCGGAAGCGAUGCGAAAGCACCACGCCCAGCACGGCAUGGACGUUGCUCCCAUGAUGGCAGGUGGCGGGUAUCCCAACCACAUGCCCUUGGCGAAAAAGACGGGAACCACCAUUGCCGGUAUCGUCUUCAAGGGAGGCGUGGUCCUUGGCGCCGAUACGCGUGCUACCAACGGCGAUGAGGUAGCCGAAAAGAACUGCCGAAAGAUCCACUACGUGGCCGACAACAUGUACUGCUGUGGUGCUGGAACGGCCGCCGACACCGACCAGACGACGGCCUUGGUGGCCAGUCAGUUGGAACUCUUGCGCAUGGACUUGCAUUUGCCUCAUGCCACUUCCUUGCGCAUGAAGACGGCCGUCACCCGCAUCUCCCGUCUCUUAUUCCGCUACCAGGGACAUGUCUCGGCGGCCCUCAUUUUGGGAGGAGUCGACAAGGCUGAAGGGGCCCAGUUGUAUUCCAUCCAUCCACAUGGAUCCAGCAUGCGAUUCGCCUACACGGCCAUGGGCUCGGGAAGUCUCGCCGCCAUUUCCGUCCUGGAAUCGGCCUGGGAACCCGACAUGGAAGAAGCCGAUGCCGUCACGUUGGUCCAGCGAGCCAUCACCGCUGGUAUCUUUAACGAUUUGGGAUCUGGAUCCAACUGCGACAUUUGUGUCAUCAAGAAUGAUGGUGCCGUCGAUUACCAGCGUCCAUCCUUGACACCCAAUAACACUGCUCCCUUCCGGGCUGCCAUUACGCGUUCUUCGCGUAUGGACAUGAAGCCAGGAACCACUCCCAUCUUGGAUUCCAAGUUUGUUCCGCACAAGGGUGCCACCUUGGCGGAUGUCACGGUCACCGAAAUGGAAGUCUCGUAA